CCGGAGUCCACUGCUUCGUUCAACGGGCGGCUCGCCGCGAUCCCAUUGCAUGACGUCGCAUCGCAUCCCGAGAAAUACUCAAUUGUACAGAGUUGCCAGAUCAUACUUCCCAGGGAUAUUCCAACUCCAGCAUGCCACCUCGACGCCGUAACCCCGCGGCCGGCGCAUCCUCGGCCGCCGCAGCCUCCAGUCCCGCGUCCAAAUCCGGCGCGCGCCUCUCGAAGCUCGCCAAGGAAAACGACAUCACCGCCGAAGAAGAAGCCGAGAUCCGCGAGGCCUUCUCCCUGUUUGCCGAGCCCAUGGAGGGCGAGAAAGAGGGCGUCAUGCCCAUCGGCGAGGUGCGCCGGGCGCUGAUAGCCCUCGGCAUCCCCCCGACCUCGCCCGCGCAGCUGGCCGAGUUCACGGCGGCGCUCGACCCGGAGGACGAGGGCUUCGCGACGUACGAGGGGUUCGUCGGCAUCUGCGCGCUGCAGCUGCACGCGCGCCGCGACAACGACGGCUACGGCGGCUACGGCGGCGACGGCGCGGAGGAGGCGCACCGCGCCGAGCUGGACGAGGCGUACGCGCUCUUCGUCGGCGACCGCCGCGGCCCGGACGCGCCCGCCAUCACGCUGGCGGACCUGAAGCGGGUCGCCGCGCUGCUGCAGCUGGACGAGGAGUCCCAGCAGAAGCAGCAGCAGCAGCAGGUCGGAGGGCGGGGGGACAGCAUCGGCGGGCUCCUGACGGGGUCGAAGGGGAAGGCGGGCAAGGGGGACGUGCCGACCGUGGUGACGGAGGAGUUGCUGCGGGAUAUGAUCUUGGAGGCCAAUGACGGGGCCGGGGUGGGCAAGGGCGUGAGCAAGGACCAGUUCGAUAGGGUCAUGAGGAGGGCGGGGGUCUGGAGGUGAUUGGGAAAGGUUCUUCGAAGAAGAAGAAAAGGCUGAACGAGGUGCAGAGUUUGGGGAAAAGGCGAAGAAUCCGCGGUGGUCUAGGCAAAACCCCUCCCCCCCCCCGCCCAGUCCGCCGCGCUCGCGCGCUUGUGCAGGGGAAGCCAUCGGAGCAUGGCGAUGGGGAUGUCUCUCAGCUACCGCCACGCGUUUGGCCCGGUGGGGUCCUUGGCGAAGAUACGCCUCUGUCCGACAUAACCCGGGAAGA